CGUCCACUGCAUCACUCCAUCCUGCAAAACAAGAGACUGACCCACGGGUCCAAAUAAAAGGCGCGCGUCCAAGCGAACCCACAAUGUACUCGAGCAAAAGCGAGGGGCCACGCAGAGGAAGGUCAUUUGACUCAAUGAACCUCGGCUUGUAUUUGGAAGAAAAGCAACUUAAUAAUGAGAUGAACAAAUCAACAUUUCCUAAGAUCGAUGAGAACAAAGAUAACAAGAGUGUGUCUGAGGAAAAGGGUCGUGCAGCUAUAGUAUUCACACUAAAGAAUGAAGUCGGGGGGCUCGUCAAAGCACUGAAACUGUUCCAGGAAAACCACGUCAACCUUGUGCACAUCGAAUCCCGAAAGUCCAGGAGGCGCAACUCUGAGUUUGAGAUCUUGGUGGACUGUGACAGUAACCGUGAGCAGCUCAGUGACAUCAUCCAGCUGCUAAGUAAACACGUCAACGUGCUCGAGCUGGACUCACCCGACAACCGACUACCGGAAGAGAGCGAAAUGGAGGAUGUACCCUGGUUUCCAAGGAAGAUCUCUGAUCUGGAUAACUGUGCAAACCGUGUGCUGAUGUAUGGCUCAGAUCUGGAUGCAGAUCACCCGGGAUUUAAGGACAACGUCUACCGCAAAAGGAGAAAAUAUUUUGCAGAUUUGGCUAUGAGUUACAAACAUGGAAACCCCAUUCCCCGAAUUGAGUUUACAGAGGAGGAGGUGAAGACCUGGGGGGUCGUGUUCCGAGAGCUCAAUAAGCUUUACCCCACACACGCUUGCCGUGAGUACCUGAAAAACCUGCCACUGCUCACCAAAUACUGUGACUAUCGUGAGGACAACAUCCCACAGCUGGAGGACAUCUCACGCUUCCUGAAAGAGCGUACAGGGUUCACCAUAAGACCUGUGGCAGGAUAUCUCUCCCCAAGAGACUUCCUGGCUGGAUUGGCUUUCCGUGUGUUCCACUGCACGCAGUAUGUCCGGCAUAGCUCAGACCCUCUCUACACACCUGAACCGGACACAUGUCAUGAAUUGCUGGGUCACGUGCCUCUUUUGGCUGAGCCCAGCUUCGCACAGUUCAGUCAGGAGAUUGGACUUGCAUCACUUGGAGUAUCCGAUGAGGAAGUUCAGAAAUUAGCCACAUGUUACUUCUUCACUGUGGAGUUUGGACUCUGUAAACAGGAGGGGAAGCUGAGAGCAUAUGGUGCAGGUCUGCUGUCCUCCAUCAGUGAACUGAAGCAUGCUCUGUCAGGGAACGCUAGCAUCAUGCCCUUUGACCCCAAAGUCACAUGCAAACAGGAGUGCAUUAUAACAACAUUCCAGGAUGUCUAUUUUAUGUCAGAGAGCUUUGAGGAGGCAAAAGUGAAGAUGAGGGAGUUUGCAAAGACAAUCAAGCGACCUUUUACAGUGCGUUACAACCCCUAUACACAGAGUGUGGAUGUGCUGAAGGACACAGCUAGCAUCAACUGUGUGGUGGAGGAACUAAGACAUGAACUGGACAUUGUGGGAGAUGCUCUUAACAGACUCAAUAGAAAGUAACUGUUCCUGUAUAAAAAUAUAUGUAUGUUCUGCUUUAUAUACACAUUUCCUUCAAAUCAAGAUGAUUCAGAGUAUUAUUUUCAAGCUAAUCACAGAAAUUUCCAUGAGCUGUUGUUAUCUAUUUAUGUAAAAUGCUUACAAUGGGGGUGCAUGGUGACGUCUGCGUUCUGGGUUUGGGGUAUUGUCAAGCCUCUACCCUGUGUGUGUGCUGUUUGCAUGUUUCCCAGUGCUUCGGGGGUUUCCUUUCCAGUCCAAAGACAUGUGAUUUAGGCAGAUUGGUGUCUUUAAAAUGUCCAUAAAGUGUGAAUUGGUGUGUGUGUGAUUGUGCCCUGUGUUGGGUUGCUAUCCUGUACUGUGUGUUCCCCGGUCUUGCACCCUGAGUACACUGGGAUAAAUUUCAGGCUCUUGAGAUAGAUUCGCUGUGACUCGGUGUAGGAAAAGUGGUACAGAAAAUGGAUGGAUAGUAAAUAAAAUGUCUUUUAUAUUGCACAAGACCAUGAUUUUGAAGUAUGUUAUUAAGAUUAAGUUAUGGUGGUUCUGGUCUGAGUAUUGUAUUUGUGAUUUCAGUUUUUGUGUAAAAGUCAUCGAACUCACUGUAUUUUAAGGCACCUUUGUGUAAUUGUAUUCAGUACUAUUUAUUAUGAGCUUGCUGUAUAUCUUUAGUAAAUUUAGUAUCAUUUUUUGACUUUUCCUCUAUGUUGGAAAUGACAAGCACAUGUAAUAUUUUGUCUUUGUGAACUUAAUUGAACUUUAUGAUACUAUACUAUAUUUCUUUGUCUAUACAUAUACAUUCUAUCUUGUUUGUCAUAUCUGAUGUCUUGUAUGCUAUAACAGUCAGAGCUUGUAUUGGUUUAGAAGGAUAAUUAGUUGUGUAAAUAUGUUAAUGAUUAUUUAAGGGUAAUUCUGCUGUGUCAAUAAUGCUUAGCUAAGAAAUAAGUAAUGUUAAACAGCCUUACUGCAAUACAAUACAAUACAGGUUUAAAUAUUUAAACAAAUG